AGUCCCAGAAGUUCCAAAACAGUUGACUGCUCCCCACAUUGUUCCUUUUCAUGAUUUUCACCAAAAAGCUGAAAUCUUUACGCGUGAAAUCUUCUACUUAGAAUGGAACCUUCAACUUUUAAUUGAAGAAUUCGAUCUUUAAGGGAGAGAGAAAAUGGAGUCUUAGACAUCAAAUGUUGCAGGAUUCUAGGUUGGCACCAUUUGGGUUGAUUUGAGAUAUAUAUAUAUUUUUUUGGCAUCUGGGCAUUAAAGAGAUGACGCUUGGGAGUGACGAAAGGAAACAGUUUCAUUUACCAAAAAUCUUUGGAACAUCGGAGAAGAAAGGAAGGAAGAAGAUGGAAGACUACACUGAUUCCUCUGUGGAGUUUGAAAGGUUCACACCUUUUUCAGCCACACAUACAGCCAUCAGGAAAAGCUUUUCAGAAUCUACUUCAAGGCUUGGGAAUUUGAAAUUCAGAAGCCACCAAUGUCCAACGGAAAAUGUUUUAGAUUCUCAAACCUUACGCGUUUUUGUAGCAACUUGGAAUGUAGGUGGAAAAUCCCCUCACAGUGACCUGAAUCUUGACAAUUUUCUUCAAGUGGAGGAUCCAUCAGACAUUUAUGUUUUAGGUUUUCAGGAAAUAGUACCCUUAAAUGCUGGAAAUGUGCUAGUUAUAGAAGACAAUGAACCAGCAGCAAAAUGGCUAGCUCUCAUCAACCAGUCCCUGAAUAAAACUUCCAAAGAUUUGAAGGCCAAUGGUGGUCUACUGUUCUUCCAAAAGCCUUCUCUUAAAAAAGUUAGUAAAAGCUUCAGGACAGAGAAGGGAAGACGCCUCAAGAUUUGUAAUUGCCCUUCUGAUUUGGAAAAAAAAAAUAGUAAAGACUCCUGUUUUGGAUGCCAAGAAUCUUAUAUUUAUGAAGAUGAUUCUUCUUCCGAAGAAGACGAUGGUUCAAGUAGUUUCGUGAUGACAGGGAUCACCACUAACCAGCUGAAGUAUAGCCUCAUAGCCAGCAAGCAGAUGGUGGGAAUUUUUGUCACUGUUUGGGCAAAGAAGGAACUUGUCCAGCACAUUGGACAUUUGAGACUCUCCUGUGUUGGGCGUGGGAUAUUGGGGUACCUUGGAAACAAGGGGUGUAUCUCUGUUAGCUUGUCUGUGCACCAAACAAGCUUCUGCUUUGUCUGCAGCCACCUGGCUUCUGGAGAGAAAGAAGGAGAUGAGCUUAGAAGAAAUUCUGAUGUCAUAGAGAUACUGAAAAACACCCAAUUUCGAAAAAUCUGUAGAGCACCCUGUCAAAGGAUCCCUGAGAAAAUUAUAGAACAUGAUCGGGUAAUUUGGUUAGGGGACUUGAAUUACCGGAUUGCUUUGAGCUACUCAGAAACCCGAAAACUUCUGGAAAACAAUGAUUGGGAUGCCCUUCUUGAGAAGGAUCAGCUCAAGAUUGAACGGGAAGCGGGGCGAGUGUUUGAAGGGUGGAAGGAGGGGAAAAUCUACUUCCCUCCAACAUACAAAUACUCCAAUAACUCAGAUGCCUAUGCUGGAGAUACUGUAACAUCAAAGAAGAAAAGGAGAACUCCUGCAUGGUGUGAUAGAAUACUAUGGCAUGGGAAUGGGAUACAGCAACUAUCCUACAUACGUGGGGAGUCAAGGUUUUCCGAUCACAGGCCAGUUUGUGCAGUUUUUGAGGUGCAGGUUGCAGUUGUUGAUGGAAAAUCAAAGAAAGAAGUAUCUGGCUCUGACAUUACAAUUGAAAUUGAAGGGCUCUUACCUCCAACUCCAGCAAGAUAUUUACAUAAUCAGUAUGUGGUAAACCAAUAGGAUUAGCCAUAUAAAUAGAAAUUUUCUGAUUGAAGAAUGCCUCUAAGAGGAAGAGCACAGAAAUGUUGUGGGUCAUUAUUCAACCUGUACAGCAUAUUGUUCUAACAUGUGACAGGUAUUGAUUUUCUGUACCAUAUUUUCUUAAAAA